GCUGUUGCCGCCGCCGCCGCCGCCGCCGCCGCAGCUGCUGUUGCCGCGGUUGCUGGGGGUGGAUGAGCUCCGGAGCUGGUGGGGAACUGGUAGAGUCGCUGUUGCUGCUUUUGCCUGAAGGGUGUUUCUUCCUACGUCGCAUCCUGACUCCUGUGGUGGUGAGGGGGAGUCUCCGCGCUCACCUCGGCACGUAGUGGAAGAUGCCUCUCUUUGCCACCAAUCCCUUCGACCAGGAUGUUGAGAAAGCAACCAGUGAAAUGAAUACUGCUGAGGACUGGGGACUCAUUUUGGAUAUUUGUGAUAAAGUUGGUCAGUCUCGCACUGGACCUAAAGAUUGUCUUCGGUCUAUUAUGAGGAGGGUGAACCAUAAAGAUCCUCAUGUUGCUAUGCAAGCUUUGACUCUUCUAGGAGCAUGUGUGUCAAACUGUGGCAAAAUUUUUCAUUUAGAAGUGUGCUCAAGAGAUUUCGCUAGUGAAGUGAGCAAUGUGUUAAAUAAGGGUCAUCCUAAAGUAUGUGAAAAAUUAAAGGCUCUUAUGGUUGAAUGGACAGAUGAAUUUAAGAAUGAUCCGCAGCUUAGCCUGAUAUCAGCAAUGAUUAAGAAUCUUAAAGAACAAGGAGUUACGUUCCCAGCUAUUGGCUCUCAGGCUGCAGAACAAGCAAAAGCAAGCCCAGCUCUAGUAGCCAAGGAUCCUGGUACUGUGGCAAACAAAAAGGAAGAAGAAGAUUUAGCAAAAGCCAUUGAGUUGUCAUUGAAGGAACAAAGGCAGCAGUCCACUACCCUUUCCACCUUGUAUCCGAGCACAUCCAGUCUCUUAACCAACCACCAACAUGAAGGCCGAAAAGUCCGUGCUAUAUAUGACUUUGAAGCUGCUGAAGAUAAUGAACUUACUUUUAAAGCUGGAGAAAUUAUUACAGUUCUUGAUGACAGUGAUCCCAAUUGGUGGAAAGGUGAAACCCAUCAAGGUGUAGGGUUAUUCCCAUCUAAUUUUGUGACUGCAGAUCUCACUGCUGAGCCAGAAAUGAUUAAAACAGAGAAGAAGACGGUACAAUUUAGUGAUGACGUUCAGAUAGAGACAAUAGAGCCAGAGCCGGAACCAGCCUUUAUUGACGAAGAUAAAAUGGAUCAAUUGCUACAGAUGUUGCAAAGUACAGACCCCAGUGAUGAUCAGCCAGAUCUUCCAGAGCUGCUUCAUCUGGAAGCAAUGUGUCACCAGAUGGGACCUCUCAUUGAUGAAAAGCUAGAAGAUAUUGAUAGAAAACAUUCAGAACUCUCAGAACUUAAUGUUAAAGUGAUGGAGGCACUUUCAUUGUAUACCAAGUUAAUGAAUGAAGAUCCGAUGUAUUCUAUGUAUGCAAAAUUACAGAAUCAGCAGUAUUAUAUGCAGUCAUCUGGUGUUUCUGCUUCUCAGGUAUAUCCAGGGCCUCCACAAAGUGGUGCUUACCUGGUUGCAGGGAAUGCACAGAUGAGCCAUCUUCAGAGCUACAGCCUUCCCCCGGAGCAGCUGUCUUCUCUCAGCCAAGGAGCGGUUCCACCAUCUGCAAACCCAGCCCUUCCUGGUCAGCAGACCCACGCUGCUUACCCGAACACAAUGGUUAGUUCUGUUCAAGGAAGUACGUAUCCCAGCCAGGCUUCGGUAUAUAGUCCUCCUCCUCCUGCUGCCACUGCUGCUGAUGUCACUAUGUACCAGAAUGCAGGAACUAAUUUGUCCCAGGUGCCAAACUAUAAUUUAACAUCAUCAACACUGCCUCAGCCAGGAGGCAGCCAGCAGCCACCUCAGCCACAACAACCAUAUUCUCAGAAGGCUCUGCUAUAGGACCUGGUAUUCCUCUUUGUGGGAGAUAUCUGCUAAAUGCCGCAGACAAUAUUAGGAGAGUGAUUAAUAUCUUAAAGUUUGUUUGUCCUCAACUCAUAGGAAUCUAUCUUGAUCAGCAAAUUAAAAUAUUCAAGAAGGUAGGACUCUCUCCAGUUUGCACUGACUUUUUCGAGGUUCUCCUCCCCCUCCCCAACCCCCAGAGGAAUGAAACUACUUACAACAUUUAAUUCCUUUUAUAAUACAAAGAAUUGAUACACGAUUAUUUGUCUCGUAAAAUUACCUGGUCUGCAAAAGGUCAAACUUAUAAAAACUGUCUUGGGAAAUGUUAUGUACGUCUAUUAAUAUGUAACUUCAUUAGUGGCCAUUUGAAUCACAGUGGUGAUCAUGUGAAUAUAUUUAACACUGUUAAAUUAAUUUGCAUUGCUAUUUUAUUUUAAUCAUGAACAACUACCAUGUUUCAUAAUGUAUUGUGUACAUUUUAAAUAAUUACACUAUCCUUUUAAACUGCAAGAGAACAAAGUUGUAGCAUAUUUACUGAAGACAUUAUAUUGUCCAGGUUUCAGGUUCACAUUAAGUGGAACCUUCCUUUUACUAAUUGUGAGCUAAACAGAUGUAUAUUAUGUCUUUCUGUAGCCUCUGCAUACUGCUAGCUGUCAUCACACCAGCGUACAGUAGCUAAAUUUUUGGUAUAGUUCUAGCAAAUGAUAAUGUUCCCUUUUAAAGUUUCACAUUUUAGCAUGAUAUUUCAGGUUUGUGGGACCAUGAGACAAAAUUAAGUAGAAUGAUAUUCUUUAUAUCCUAUUUUAAAAGAAAUAAUGUUGAUUUACAUUUUCCUAGUUGAAAAUAGUAAUUAGGUUUCUAUGCUGUAUACUGUGUUUUUUUUUUUUUUUGGUGACAGUUACACCAAAGAUAGAGGCAAUGGGUAGAAAUUUUUAAACUGGAAAGAAAACAUGAAUUACACUACAUUUUUAAAAUCACUUGUAAUUAUUUAGGAUAUAAGUAAAUUCGAUUCAUCUGUCUUAGCCCACUGCUAGUCUCUUAAAAAUGUCUUUAACAUAUUGAAUCUUCAUUAAAAUGGAUAUAAGUAGA